CUGUAAGCUAGCUGCGAAACAUCGAGGAAAAAAAACAAAACAAAAGUAAGAAGUCAGCUGACCGAUACAAAAACAGGUAGUUUUAUUCAAAAGUCGGUGUCAGAAUCCUUAUCACACAGUAAACUCAGAUCUYCUGUCGGUCCGCACGGACCCGGCAGCAUGGCCUUCAUCACAGCUAACUGGAACCCGCUGGGAGAUGCCUUCUACCGGAAAACUGAGCUUUAUGAGAUGUGUUGGAACAUCAGAGAUGGACUCAAAGACAGUCUGGUGGCCACAGCUCCGUACGGAGGACCGAUUGCCCUGCUCAGAGAACCCCACAGGCGGUCUCCCAGUUCACGUCCUCAGUUAGAGAUCUAUUCCACGUCAGGAGUUGCCAUUGCCAGUUUCCCUUGGAAGAGCGGUCCGGUGGUCCACCUGGGUUGGUCUUUCAGUGAUGAGCUGUUGUGUGUUCAGGAGGAUGGAACGGUUCUGAUCUAUGAUCUCUUUGGAUCCUUCAAGAGACACUUCAGUAUGGGACAGGAAGUGGUCCAGAGUCAAGURCUGGAGGCCAAGGUGUUCCACUCUCCCUAUGGAACAGGUAUUGCCAUAUUAACAGGCUCCUCCCGCUUCACCUUGACGACCAACAUUGAAGAUCUGAAGCUUCGCCGGUUACCUGAAGUUCCAGGUCUACAGGGGAAGCCGACCAGUUGGGUCGUCCUCACUCAGGACAGACAGACUAAAGUUUUGUUGUCCAUCGGGCCAGAACUCUAUGUCUUGGAUAAUACCUCCUGCAUUGCGGUGUGUCCUCCAGGUCUCGGUCAGGCUGGCAGCAUCGUCCAGAUGUCUGUUUCUUUUAGCUACAAAUACCUGGCCGUCUUCACGGACACUGGACGCCUGUGGACCGGUUCCUCCAACCUGCAGGAGAAACUGAGUGAAGUGGACACGAAUCAGACAGCAGCUCCAAAACAGAUGGUCUGGUGCCGCAGGCCGAAGAGUCAGCAGGCCUCUGUGGUCUUGAUGUGGGACACACUGCUCCUUGUUGUUGGAGAGUGUAGUGACACCAUCCAGUUCCCCAUUGAKAACCAGUCUGUGUUAGUGGGAGAACUGGACGGGGUUCGGAUCAUCAGCUCCACCACUCAGGAGCUGCUGCAGGAGGUUCCCCUGGUCUGUCAGGACAUCUUUAAGAUUGCCUCUAUGGCCCCAGGAGCCCUGCUUCUGGAGGCCCACCGUGAGUACGAGAAGUCCAGUCAGAAGGCUGACGAGUACCUGAGAGAAAUCAAGGAGCAGAACGUGCUGGGAGUCGCCGUCCGACAGUGUGUAGAGGCAGCGGGUCACGAGUACGACACUGAUACCCAGAAGGCACUUAUGAGGGCGGCRUCCUUCGGGAAGUGUUUCCUGACAGACUUCAGUCCCGAUCACUUUGUGACCACCUGCAGGGAGCUACGAGUGCUGAACGCUGUCAGAGAGAGCAGCGUGGGAAUGCCGCUCACGCACACUCAAUUCAAGCAGAUGACUCUACAGGUGCUGAUUGAUAGGUUGUUGUAUCGACAGUUUUAUCCAUUAGCCAUAGAAAUUUGUCGCUACCUGAAGAUUCCUGACUAUCAGGGUGUCAGCAGGGUCCUUAAGCACUGGGCGUCCUGCAAGGUGCAGCAGAAGGACCUAUCGGAUGAGGCCAUAGCUCGAGCCGUGUGUGCCAAAGUGGGAGACGCGCCUGGAGUUUCUUACUCGUACAUCGCUGCUAAAGCUUAUGAGUGUGGGCACACUGAGCUCGCCAUCAAGCUGCUGGACUUUGAGGCUCGCUCUGGUGAACAGGUUCCUCUGCUCCUGAAGAUGAAGAGGAGUCAGCUGGCCCUCAGUAAAGCUGUGGAGAGCGGUGACACUGACCUGGUUUACACAGUGGUGACGUACCUGAAGAAUGAGAUGAAUCGAGGAGAUUUCUUCAUGACUCUGAGGAACCAGCCGGUGGCGCUCAGCCUCUACAGACAGUUCUGUAAACUGCAGGAGCAGGAGACGCUCAAAGAUCUUUACAACCAGGACGAUGAUCAUCAGGAGCUGGCUAACUUCUAUGUCAGGGCCAGUUACAGAGAACAGAGGCUGGAGGGCCGAAUGUCCAACCUGCAGAGUGCCGUCGACGAAUACAACAAGGCUAAAAAUGACUUUGCUGCUAAGGCCACAGAAGAAGAGAUGCGGCUCCUUCGUUUUCAACGAAAGAUGGACGAUGAGAAAGGGGCGGGGCUUCUUGGACUUUCCCUACAGGCCACCAUGGAGGCGCUGAUGUCUUUGGGACUUCACAAACAGGCAGAGCAACUCUACAAAGACUUCCGGGUGCCUGACAAAAGGUACUGGUGGCUGAAGCUCAAGUCUCURGCAGAGAAGGAGGAGUGGGAGGAGUUAGAGAAAUUCUCAAAGAGCAAAAAGUCCCCCAUUGGUUAUCUUGCGUUUGUGGAGGUUUGCAUAAAGAACAACAACAGGUAUGAAGCCAAGAAGUACAUCUCUAAGGUCACACCUGAGCAGAAGGUGAAAGCUCACCUGGCCGUGAGUGACUUGGAGGGGGCGGCGGACGCUGCCAUCGAGCGGAAGAACGAAUCAGAGAUGGGGGCGGUCCUUUCCAGAUGUGCCGCCUCCGACCGCCUGCUGAUUGACAAGUUGAACCGAGCGCGAGCUGCUGUCGCUAAAAAGUGAUCUGUGGGAGGCGUUACCGUUGCAACAGGCUCCUCCCACAGAAUUUGACAUCACUGGUUUUUAAUCAGCUGAUUGUUUUUUUCUGUAAUUUAAAUAAACUUUAUUCAGCAAAGCAACUGCAUGCUGCUGGAUCAGGUUCUGUUCUCUGAGGAGCUCUGACCCAGGACACGUUUGGACCGCUGUUCUGAUGGUUCUGUCCAUAGAAGUUUGCCACUUCCUCCUGCGGUUCCUUCACAAUCAAAGCUUUCCAUCCCACAGAAGCCACCAGUGUUUUAUUGUGAAAGAGUAACAAGAAAAGUCUUCAUUUUGCGAAUGUGUGUUUCUGAUUAAAUGCUCAACUUUAAUUUAUAAURGUAAUAAAUUAAAUCAUGCGAAGCUAAACUGACACCCUGCUUUUUGGGUGUUUCUUGCCCUUCAAACCGGUUUUAUCUUUGAUUCAGUCUAACUCCAGAACUUGGAACUGAACAAAAGUCACUUUUUUAUGACAACUGAAAAAAACCCUAAUAUUUAGGUAAAACAGAAGUUUCUGUUUCUUAUCUAGAGGAAUUUUAACCUGUAAGGAUUGUUACUUUUUAGACGUAAGACUGGAAACAACUGAAGGUGCUUGUUUCUUUCUUCCAGAGAAACUUAAGGUACUAAACUUAGGUUCUGGUUCCUGACCCCCAACUCCAACUGAUGAUUGAUGAAGUAUAAUUUGAUCGGUUGAUUUACUUAUUCAUUGAUUGGUUUAUUAUACUUCCAGUUGUUAUAAAUGUGCUKUUUAUAAAAUCUUUUUUUAGUUGAAAAGUUCAAUUUCUGUUUUUGUUCUGUAUUCUAUCAUUGAGUACUGACUCAGGAACUUUUGGUGAGCCGCCGGGAGGGGCGGUGCUUAGUCAGCAGACCAUCCCCGCCCACCACUCCCGACGGCUGAACAACAAACACCCCCUGGUGGUUCAGUUAGUUUGAAUGGAAAAUAUUUUUUGUUGAACAAUAAUACAGUCAUUUUAUGUUCAAAUAAAA